AUGGAUCAUAUGUACCCCUCGAUACGUAAUGCCGUAGAGCGUGUUGUAGUGGAGCUUGACGUUAGUAUUGAGCCUACCUAUGGUGUCAUCUUGCUGCCUUAUGAGUUCUUCAUGAGCAAGACAUUGGUUAAGCUGACACUGGGGACACGAGUUUCUUUUGGAAAGUUUCCCUCAGAUUUGUCUCUUCCAGCACUUAAGAGUCUCAUCUUGGACUCGGUCAUUUUCGAAUAUGAAGAUCUGUGUCAUGUGCUUCUUCCUGGUUGUCCGGUGCUCGAGGAUUUAGUCGUACGUCACAAGUACUUCGAAGCACUCCCAUACUGCAUCUCGAGUCGGAGCAUCAAGAAGCUAUCAGUUCACUACGAUUGUGAGCUUGAACUUGGUCCCUAUAGUAUUAUGUCAUUUGACGCCCCAAGUCUUGUGUCCUUGGACUACUCCGAUUAUGCCUUGGCUAUAUACGAACAAGUUAACUUGGCUUCCCUAGUGGAAGCUAAGCUGGAUAUUCGUUAUUCUAAAAGAAUCGAGAGGCCUGAUGUAUCAAGUCUCAUUGAAGGGAUAUGCAACGUGGAGACCCUGCAUCUUUCUCCCGGUUCUGUUGAUGUAAGUUUGCCACUUUCUUUCUUUCUUUGCAACUUUGUAAAGAGCUUGGACAUUCUCUCUAAGUGUGUGUGUGUGUGUUUCAGGUGA